AUGGUCGUGGACACGGCAUACUACGACACGCUCGGCGUCCAGCCGACGGCGACGGAGCUCGAGAUCAAGAAGGCCUAUCGCAAACUCGCCAUCAUCCACCACCCAGACAAGAACCCCAACGAUCCGACGGCACACGAAAAAUUUCAGGCCAUCGGCGAGGCCUACCAGGUGCUCUCCGACGCGGACCUGCGCAAGGCGUACGACAAGUUUGGCAAGGACCAUGCCAAACCGCAAGAGGGCUUUGCCGAUCCGGCCGAGUUCUUCACCUCCAUAUUCGGCGGCGAGGCCUUUGUCGACUGGAUCGGCGAGAUCAGCCUGAUGAAGGACCUCACCGCCACCAUGGACAUCACCAUGCAGGAGAUGGAGGCCGAGGCCGAGGCCGAGGCGCAAGCGGAGGCACAAAAGGGCGCAGAGGACGACAAAGAGUUUCCGGGGACCGAGGCGGCCAAGAAGGAGAGCUUGAACGAGCAGCAAGCGGCCGAGAGCAAGGAGGGUGCGGCCGCUGCCCCUUCGGCGCCGCUGCCAAAGGUCGUCGUCGAGGAAGACAAGGGCGCCGCCCACGCGACGGCGUCGGCGUCGGCCGGUGUCGUGCCGCCCGCUCGAUCGGACGCAACCUCGCCCGCUCCUUCGGCGAGCUCCCGAAGCAGGGUCCAGAUCCCUCUCCGGCCCGCCCUGAUGGACAAGGAGCAUGACGAAACGACCGAGGGCGAGCUCUCCGAGGAGGCUCUCAAGCAAAAGGAGAAGAAGAAGGGACUCAGCAAGGAGCAGCGCGAGCAGCUGGCCGCCUACGAGAUGGAGCGGGCCCGCAUCCGAAAGGAGCGGGUCGAAACGCUGUCGAGAAAGCUGCUCGAUCGGGUCAGCGUCUGGACCGAGACGGACAAGGGCACCGACGUCACCAAGGCCUUCCAGGAGAAGAUGCGGCUCGAGGUCGAGAACCUCAAGAUGGAAUCCUUCGGAAUCGAUAUCCUGCACGCCAUCGGACAGACGUACGUCUCCAAGGCCUCGACCUUGCUGCGCAGCCAAAAGUUCCUCGGCAUCGGCGGCUUCUUCAGCCGCAUCAAGGACAAGGGAACGCUCGUCAAGGAAACGUGGAACACCAUCAGCAGCGCCAUCGACGCCCAGCAGACGAUGGAGGACAUGGCCAAGAUGGAGGAGAAGGGCGGCGAGGAGUGGACCGACGAGAAACGGGUCGAGUACGAGCGCCGGGUGACGGGCAAGAUCCUGACGGCCGCAUGGAGGGGCAGCAAGUUUGAGAUUCAAAGCGUCCUGCGCGAGGUCUGCGACUUUGUCCUCAACGACAAGAAAGUCCCGCUCGCAAAGCGGCUGGAACGGGCACAGGCGCUCGUCUUGAUUGGCGAUGUCUUCAGCAAGGCUGCACGGUCCGCUGAAGAAGAAGGCGACUACCUCGUCUUUGAGCAGCUCGUCGCCGAGGCUGCCAUCAAGAAGGACAAGGACAAUGCAAAGCACAAAAAGGACAAGAAGGGCCACCGCCACCAUAGCGCAGACGAGACGGCGGCGGCGGAAGCGCCCAACGUGCCGAAGGCGUAG